AUACCUUUUUGUCCAACAAGGCAAGGUUUAGCGGAGUUAACAAGACGAAUAUCGUAUUAACUUAAAUUAUGCGGAAUUUCAAAAGAAAGGCAGCGGAGGAAAACAGUAUUGCUUAAUUAAUAUACCUAUUGUAACUGUUUAUCCUUAUGUAGUAAUAUUUCCAAAGUCCGAUAUAUCAAAGUUUUUUACGUUCUUAUUUCACCAGCAGUCGAGCAACCAAGUUCACGGCGAUAUGUCCAACAAUUACUCUACCAGCAUGCAGGAAACGACAAACUCCUCAGGUUUGGCCGCCAAGAAAAGCGCAUACAGUCUACCUUACGCGAACGGACUCACGUUUUUCUACACAUUAAUCAUCGUGACAUGUUUAACCGCUUAUGUGAUUAUCAUCCUCACAGUUUAUGUCAACCGCCAUUUGCGAACAACUUGCAACUUCUUUAUUGUGAGUCUCGGCAUCGCAGAUGUGAUGAUCGUCACCAUGGUGAUGCCAGUGAACAUCGGCCUUCUACAAGGAACGUUUCGUUUUUCAUCGAGCGCGGAGUGCUUGUUCCUGGCAACUAUUAACCUGAUCAGCAUUUCGGCUGUUUCUUUAAAUCUCUGCACAGUAAGCGUAGAUAGAUACUUCGCUAUCGCUUACCCUUUUAAAUACGAGGCGUUUGUCACGACCAAAACAACAGCAGUGAUCAUCGGAGUCGUCUGGCUUUACGCUUUGUUUGCCGCUGUUUUGCCGCCAAUGGGCUGGCAGUCGCAGCCCACUACUGUCAAUAGACAUGUAUGCGUUGGUGAUCUGGACGAAAGCUACAUUUUAUUCCUGAGCAUCGGGAGUUUCUUUCUUCCAGCGUUCAUCAUGGUUUCCACCAAUGCUAUCAUCUACCGCAUCGCCACGAACCAAGCAAAACGUGUUUUGCGCAUCGUUCCAGUGGUGGGCGUUAGCGCAGAAAAACUCCGCAAAAACUUUCGCGCGGCUAAGCGAAUUUCGCUGAUCGUCGGCGCGUACCUCAUUUGUUGGGUCCCUCAAAUGGUGGUGCUGGUAUUGGCGUUAAAGAUAGGAAGCAAGAAUAUCCCCUUUCAAGUGUAUCCGGUCACACUGUCCCUUCAGUACAGCUGCUCGGCUGUGAACCCCUGUAUGUUCUGUUUCACUAACCGAGAACUUAGGAGCACGCUCAAGAAAAUUCUUUGCACAACCUUGCGUAGGAGACGCAACGCAUCAUUUUCGAGUACAACUGGUGAGAUGGCCCCGGAGAGAAGACGGUCAACUGUUUGUAGAAUGAGCCAAACUACGGAGAUUUCUCUUGGAGUUAAAGGAGAAUCAAGGACAGCUGUACAAAUUGGAAACGCAAAUCUUGAUGGACUGUGAACAGGUUCUCUAGUCGAGGAUGGGGUCACCUCACUCUAAGCCAGUUCUCUUUGGGCCCUCCCAGCCGAGGUCAGACCCUUCCAACCGCAGCCUGUUCACAGGCUACACUCUUAAUUUUACAACUAGUUUGAUCUAUGAUUGCUGGAAUGUAAGGUGGCAGAUUUCACUUGCCGAUUUAUGUGCUCAGUGACAUAGGUCCCCAGUUUAUGAUUGCCCUUAUCUUUUCAGACCAUCCCCUCUCUCAAAAAAUUUUCAAAGAAUAAGUAAGCCCGCAAAAAAUGAAUAGCCGAGACCUAUUACAAUGCAGUCUUUUAGCAAGAAAAGUCAGUAUUGCUCGAAAACGAGCAGUUAUAGCCAUGUACGAAGACCAGGAGCACGGGAAUACGCUGAAACGGCCCGGAGCACCCUUAAAAUGAAAGUUCCUUCUGUCACUUUGCCGCCCUUUGCACCAGCCGACGUUAUGCCGG